AAUAGAAAGAGCUGGAUGUAAUGUGACACUGAACUGAGCAGAUCAUGAGAGAGAAACACAACACACUUCAGCAGCUCGGCGGAUUCUGUCACUCACCCUCCGGUGGGGUUUAACCGGUAAGACCGUGCGUGUCUUCUUGAACUGCUUCGGGGUCAGAUGAGCAACUGAUGGAUUCGUAGCAUAUUCCUGUUCGGUCCUGUGGACGCAGAACAUACGCAGGGACUGAGUGUUGAUGGCUGUGCGAUAGGGACAGAGAGACGGUCCUGAAGGAUGAAUUCUCUCCCGCCCAUGGACAGACACAUCCAGCAAACCAACGACCGGCUCCUCUGCAUCAAACAGCACCUGCAAAAUCCAGUGAACUUCCAGACGGCGGCGACGGAGCUGUUGGACUGGUGUGGAGAUCCUCGGGCGUUUCAGAGGCCCUUUGAGCAAAGCCUGAUGGGAUGCCUAACGGUGUUGAGUCGGGUAGCGGGUCAGCAGGGCUUCGACAUGGAUCUGGGGUAUCGGGUGCUCGCCGUUUGUGCAGCAAACAGGGACAAAUUCACCCCCAAAUCAGCAGCAUUGCUGUCCUCGUGGUGUGAGGAUCUGGGUCGACUUCUUUUGCUGCGUCAUCAAAAAAGCAGACAACCCGAUCCAUCAGUGGGGAAAAACCCGAUGCAGGCCAACAUCAACAACAUGAAGCCUGCGCUCUCUCACGGUGAUGCACCAUUUCAAUAUGACUCCGUUUCCUGGCAACAAAACACCAAUCAGCCGCCGGGUUCAGUUUCAGUGGUGACCACCGUAUGGGGAGUGACCAAUACGACACAGAGUCACGUGUUGGCGAACCCCAUGGCAAACCCAAACAGCCAUAUGAACCCCAUGACUGGAGGAAACGGGGUUAUGAACCCGGGACAGUUCACUGCACAGCAGCAGUUCUCCUCAAAGGUUAACCCAAACCAGGCCUACAUGCAGCAGGAGAUGUACGGGAGAUCCAGCUAUCCCGGAGGAGGAGGAGGAGGAGGAGGAGGAGGAGGAUUCGGGGGCAGUUAUGGGGGCGGUCCUAACCACUCAGGUGGGAUGGGCCUGCCUUCACAGACACGCCCCCCUUCAGACUUCAGCCAACCAGCUGCCGCCGCGGCCGCUGCUGCCGUUGCUGCUGCCGCCGCUACGGCGACCGCUACUGCCACGGCAACGGUUGCCGCCCUACAGGAGACGCAACACAAGGACAUGAGUCAAUACGGCCCGAUGUGUUCCUCCUUUCAGAUGGGACCAAACCAGGCUUACAGCACUCAGUUUGUGAAUCAGCCCGGCCCCCGGGGGCCCCCUGGCACCAUGAGCAUGGGUCAGCCUCGGGCACAGAUGGCACAGAUGGGGUCAUACGGGGGUCACACACAAAGGAUGCCUCAUCAGGGCUAUGCGCCGCGGCCCAUGCAGGGCGUGAAGAGACCGUAUUCUGGAGAGGGGAGCUACGGGCAGCAGUACGGACCAAACGGGCAGUUCUCCUCUCCUCAGGGGCAGUUCUCCUCUCAGGGGCAGUUGUCCUCUCCUCAGGGGCAGUUCUCCUCUCCUCAGGGGCAGUUGUCCUAUCCUCAGGGGCAGUUGUCCUCUCCUCAGGGGCAGUUGUCCUAUCCUCAGGGGCAGUUGUCCUCUCCUCAGGGGCAGUUGUCCUCUCCACAGGGGCAGUUCUCCUCUCCUCAGGGGCAGUUCCCGAACCCCGUGGCCAGCAGAAGCCUCUCCUCGCCCCAUUACCCCGCGCAGAGGACGCCGGCACAGUACCAGAGCGGCAGCGUGGGACACUUAUACAAGGAGUCCAGUAAUAACUUCAACACGGGGACCUUUCAUUACAACCAGUCCAGCAUGAACGGGCCUCCGCGGUCGAUGGCCGGUUAUCCUCUCUCUCCGUUACCGGGAAACCCCACGCCCCCCGUGACUCCGGGAAAUAACAUGCCACCGUAUCUGUCACCAAACCAGGACAUAAAGCCCCAGUUUCCUCCUGAUAUCAAACCCAACAUAAACGCACUGCCGCCCCCUCCAGGUAACCCUAACGAGGAGCUGCGCCUGAUGUUCCCGGUUCGGGACGGUGUGGUUCUGGACUCGUUCAGACUCGAACACAACCUGGCCGUCAGUAAUCACAUCUUCCACCUGCGGCCCACCGUCCACCAGACGCUCAUGUGGAGGUCUGAUCUGGAGCUUCAGUUCAAGUGUUAUCAUCAUGAAGACAGACAGAUGCACACUAACUGGCCGGCGUCGGUGCAGGUCAGUGUCAACGCCACUCCUCUCACCAUCGAACGGGGCGACAACAAGACUUCCCACAAAGCCCUGCACCUGAAGCACGUGUGUCAGCCGGGCCGCAACACCAUCCAGAUCACAGUGUCGGCCUGCUGUUGUUCGCACCUGUUUGUCCUUCAGCUGGUUCACCGGCCGUCGGUUCGAUCGGUUUUGCAGGGGUUACUGAGGAAGAGACUCCUCACUGCUGAACACUGCAUCACUAAAGUGAAGAGGAACUUCAGCAGUGUGGCCGUGUCUGUGGCCGGUGCCGGACUGAACGCUGACGAUGGGGUGGAACAAACGGCCAUCAAAGUGUCUUUAAAGUGUCCAAUCACGUUCCGGCGUAUUCAGCUGCCGGCGAGAGGCCAUGACUGCAAACAUGUGCAGUGCUUUGACCUGGAGUCGUACUUGGAGCUGAACUGUGAGCGCGGCACAUGGAGAUGUCCGGUGUGCAAUAAAUCCGCUCUGUUAGAAGGUCUGGAGGUGGAUCAGUACAUGUGGGGGAUCCUAAACGCUCUCCAGAACUCGGAGUUCGAGGAGGUCAUGAUAGACCCGUCGUGCAGCUGGAGGCCGAUCCAGAUCAAAUCUGAGCUGCACAUAAAAGAAGAUCCGGACGGGCCGAUGUCCAAGCGCUUCAAAACCACCAGUCCCAGUCAGACGGUGCUGCCCAACGUCACGGACAUGAUCGCUCAGCUCGGCCCGGGAGCGUCUCCGUAUCCCAACCAGAACCAGCAGAACAACAGCACUAACCAGUUCACCAGCCCAGGCAACAGUUACCAGGGCCACAGUAAGUUUGGUGACUAUCCCCAUGGCAACCCUGCAGCAUCAUCAGUUAGUGAGUUCAUCCAGGGGUCGCAGCUGUCACGCCCCCCCGCUGACCUGCCGACCUCUGGGAGCGGCCUGACACACACACUACACGACACGACGCCUCACCCCCUCAACACAGUUCAAUCCCACAAUCCCCUGCAGCACAGUAUGCGUGGGCCGCCCAGCACUCAGCGGUUACAUCACAACGCCCCGCCCCUCCCCUGCAGGCCGACGCCCACCCAGCAGAGCUCCGCCCCCAGCAGACACAUGACCACAGAGAUGACCUUUAACCCCUCGCCGGGUAACAUGGAGGGUCAGAGCAGCGCAGACGUGCGCGAGGCGUCUUUAGAUCUGCUGCCAGAACUGAUGAAUCCCGAUGAUCUCCUGUCAUUCCUGGAUCCUCCUGAGCUUCCCAGCAGCAGCAACGACGAGCUGCUGUCUCUCUUCGAGAACAACUGAGACCGACGAACCCUCCACUAGCAGCUCCUCCAUACUUGACCAACACAAAUGCACUUACCGUCGUUUCCUCUUCCUGUACAGAUUUUAAAACCAGCGUGAAGACACCAACCGUAGAGGUUGUGCUACAAAUAUUUAUUCAUCACUAAGGAUUCUCCGUAAGGUUUCAGUUCUUAACAUUAGUUUACUAUAUAAAAUACUUCUAGAGCAUUUAGUUAUCUUAGUUAAGUUUAAUUUCAACAUUCGCUAAUACAUUAUUAACCCUCUGAUGCUCUUCGGUCAUUUUUGAAUAAAAUUGUUUACUUUUUUUUUC